UAUGGUGCCCCCCCGGGUCCAUCGUGGGGUCUGAUUGGCUGAGGAAGCAGCACUACUGGUUUAAGGGAUAGCGGGCUACUGAUUCACAGACCAGGAGAGAGUGAGAGAGAGAGGAAAGAUUAUCAUAAAGAGUCAGAAGCAGCUCAUCUCAGACAUGAAUAAUCGCUCCAUAGCCUGGUGGCUGAAACAGAUAGGACUGCCCCAGUACACCAAGUCACUGGAGGGAGAAUACUACGGUCUAGAGGGUUUGCUGUAUGUAUGUGAUGUAGAUCUGAAGGAGGCAGGAGUAGAUGAUCCCAGUCACAGAGACACUAUACUGUCUCAGCUGCUGCGACACAGACAGACACUAGACCCACACUCUGGUAUGGUGGAGGAGCUGAGGGUGAGCAGGAAGUAUUCUCUGGGCUCGUCUCUGGACCUGGUGAAACCCAGGAAGGAUCUGUUCCGUCAGAGUGUUCUGCCCCGCCUACGACGCAAGGUCACAGUCUCCGCCUCCUGUUCACAGCUCCACCCACUGGAGGAGGGGCUCAGCCCAGGACUCGCCCCCGAGCAGACAAGGAAACGCAGUAAGAGGAGGAGUGUCACUGCAUACCUGAGUCAGCUGAAGGUGUUUGGAGGUAGCAGGGAGAUGGACUCUCUGAAGAAGGAGUUGGAGGAGGAACUGAAGCUAUCUACUGAUGACCUGAGGAGUCACGCCUGGUACCAUGGACCCAUAGGCAGAGAGGGGGCAGAGGCUCUGUUGGAGAGAGAUGGUGACUUCCUGGUUCGUGACACAGCCUCCUCCCCCGGUGACUAUGUCCUGAGUUGCUAUUGGAAGGACGAGCCCAUGCACUUCAAGAUCAUUAAGGUGGUCCUUCGGCCCAAGAAGGGUUACUCCCGUGAGCUGUUCCAGUUUGAAGGGGAUCGUUUCGACAACAUUCCCGCCCUUGUGCGUUUCCACGUGGGUGGACGUCAUCCUGUCUCCCAGGCCUCUGGCGCCAUAGUCUAUCACCCAAUCACACGCUCCCUGCCUAUACGUGUCAUCAGUGAGCGCCAGGCAGAGCGGACCGAAAGCAACAGAUCCAGCAACAGAUCCAGCAACAGAUCCAGCAACAGCGCCCUCGACAGGGUGGGGGUGGAAUCACAGCCAGACCGCAACAAGAGACUCAGCUUCAACUCAUCACACAUGGACACACUACACGUCACUAACACACUGCUCAGGAGUGGGAGUCAGCCAGCCAACCUGGAGAAUCUGGGCAGAAGACCCUCGAUCCAAUCAGCACAGUCUGAAAGCAACCUACGCACAGGUGCGCCUCACAGCGGUGAAUCAGAGGCCGUAGGCCCCGCCCCCAUUUCCCCAGUGUUCCGAACAGGUAGCGAACCCCUGAUCAGCCCCUCUGCCCUCAGACACACACGGCCCUCACACCCAGGUGGAGGUGUGACGCUGCGAGGUUCUGACGGACAGCUGCACCCCCGAGCCCCGCCCAAACCCUUCAGAGUGUCCACCUUCUUCCCCGGGACUCCUCCCAACCGUCACUGUGACGACCCAUACGACGAGCUGGUCAUCCAGGUGCCUGAAUCAAAAAAGCGGGGCCACGUGGACAGGCUGCGUGCGGAGGAGAAGUGGCAGAGCAGAGCCCGUCUCACUGAGACGUCCUUCAGCUUCCUGGAGGCACAGGAAAGCGGGGAGUUGCCUCGGUUACCAAUUGACGGACAGGUCCAGGAGGAAGAGGAGGAUUCACACUUUCAGAGGCCGCAGGUGGAGACGGUGUCGUGUUUCAGACUGGACCAGUUUGAGUCCCUCCUGCUACCAGAAAAUAACAGACCUCUAGACCCCACCGUUCUCAUGGUGCUCAAAGAACUGUUCACACGCUCCAACGCCAUGACAACCGCUCUGCACAUUCUCAGUGUCGACUGCCAGGUGGCUCGUAUCGUGGGUGUGACAGAGGACCAGAAGAGGAUGAUGGGAGUUGGCUCAGGUCUGGAGCUGGUCACCCUGUCUCACGGACAACAGCUCAGACAGGACCUGCUGGAGAGGCACCACCUGCUAGCCCUGGGCGUUGCCAUAGAUAUCCUGGGCUGUACAGGGACGGUAGGUCAGAGGGCCACGGUGCUGCAUAAAGUCAUCCUAUUGGCCCAGGCCCUGAGAGACCACGCCCACAACCUCUACGCAUUCUCAGCCGUCAUGAAGGCUCUGGAGAUGCCUCAGGUCGUCCGUCUGGAGAGGACAUGGAGGGCACUGAGGAGGAACCACACAGAGAGCGCUGUGAUGUUUGAGAAGACCCUCAAACCCUUCAUGAUCGCUCUGAAUGACGGAGAUGGUGAGGAAGACUCUGUGGUGCAGGGUCCCCUGGCUGUGCCCUACCUGGUUCCCCUCCUGAGGCUGAUGGAGGGAGAGGAGGGAGAACACACAGAGAGAGGCUGCCAGUUGUUAUACAACACCCUGCAGGCGGCACGCAACGCAGCCCUACACGCCCCACAGUACCAGGAGCAUGCACACAGCCUGCUCACAGGUGACUGGGAGCCAAUCCCAGAGCUGCUGGAGGGGUUCAGGACAGAGUUUGCCCUGAGGCUGUUCUGGGGUCAGACUGGAGCCGCGGCAGACAAGGAGAAACGCUACGACAAGUUUGACAAGAUCCUCACCGUGCUCUCCAACAAACUGGAACCUACCGAGGAGUUCUCACCGGAACUCUGACCCUUUCAACUCUAUACUGUGACCUGGGCUGCAUUCAGGAGGGCGCAACGUUGCACAACAGUUUGAAAUCUGUAACCCGUUUUUACCUGGAUCAUUAUUCAGAAGCUUUUUGUAGCAAAAAAAUCAUAAUAAAAAAAUAGUUUGUUAUUGGA